UUCCACGCGCCCAGCAAAGCAGCAACAGCAGCUUCUGCUUCAGGGGAUCGAAAAAUCCACACGGCGAGUCCGCACUUCCUGACCCGAGUCCGUCUUCAAGAGGAAGUUACCUCCAGGAGCACCAAGUCCUGGGAGAGGAGAGUUAUUUUACACCGAAUUUGCGCUUCUGAACGGCAGAGCUCGUGACAUUCUGGAGCGUGCGGAGGAGUUGAAGUUUGGAGGUGAAACGGAGACGGCAGAAGUUUCCGCUGGUAUGUUUUGUCACCGCGGUGCUGCUAAAUCCGCAGGAAUGUCGCACAAGGAGAGACCCACUUUCUAUCGUCAGGAACUCAACAAAACCAUUUGGGAGGUCCCGGAACGGUACCAGAACCUAUCUCCCGUCGGCUCCGGUGCUUAUGGAUCUGUGUGUUCAGCAUAUGACAUGAAGUUGUGCGUGAAGGUUGCAGUAAAGAAAUUGUCCAGACCAUUCCAGUCGAUCAUCCAUGCAAAGAGAACUUACAGAGAACUGCAGCUGCUCAAGCAUAUGAAGCAUGAGAAUGUAAUCGGCCUAUUAGAUGUCUUCACACCAGCGACGACUUUGAAGGAGUUCAAUGAUGUGUAUUUGGUGACACACCUAAUGGGAGCAGACCUCAACAACAUUGUCAAGUGUCAGAAGUUGACUGAUGACCAUGUCCAGUUCCUCAUCUACCAGAUUCUCAGAGGCUUAAAGUACAUCCACUCUGCAGGUAUCAUCCACAGAGAUCUGAAGCCCAGCAAUUUGGCUGUGAAUGAAGACUGUGAGCUCAAAAUCCUGGACUUUGGUUUGGCACGGCACACAGAUGACGAAAUGACAGGCUACGUAGCCACCCGUUGGUAUAGAGCCCCGGAGAUUAUGCUUAACUGGAUGCACUAUAAUAAGACAGUGGAUAUCUGGUCAGUGGGCUGCAUCAUGGCUGAACUACUUACUGGAAAAACACUGUUUCCUGGCACAGACCACAUUGAUCAGUUGCAGCUUACUAUGAAGCUCGUUGGAGUACCGGGGCCUGAGAUCUUGAUGAAAUUCUCAUCUGAGUCUGCGAGGAACUACGUUAAAUCACUUGCCCACAUGCCUAAGAUGAACUUUGCUGACGUGUUCAUUGGGGCCAACCCACUUGCGGUGGACUUGCUGGAAAAAAUGCUGGUGCUCGACACAGACAAGCGGAUCACAGCAUCUGAGGCUCUGGUCCACCCUUACUUCGCCCAGUACCACGAUCCAGACGAUGAGCCUGAAGCAGAACCUUAUGACCAGAGCUUUGAAAGCCGAGAGCUGGAAAUUGAGGAGUGGAAGUAUUUAACUUAUGAGGAAGUACUGAGCUUUGAGCCACCAUCGUUUGAUGAAGAUGAAAUGGAAUCAUGAGGAGGAACAGCUUUCUUCUGUCAAUCGUUUUCCAGACACUUAAGGACUCAGUUUCAUUUUGACUAUCCGCCACUGUCUUCACACACAUGCAUAACUAUGACAUUCAAGUGCCUGCCAUUAUUCAUUUCUUGGGGAUGUAGAGUUUUCAGGGAUAAAGCUGACACCUGUCCAUCCCAUCCCACACCUUGCUGUGUUUUAUUAUUGUUUACUGUUAUUAUUUUGCCACCAAAUGCAAAGAAGCAGACUUGGAAUCUCCUUAUACUUUUAGUGAGCGCUUACCUCUGACAUAAUUCUUUAUUUUCCUUUGACUUGCAAAAUUUGUAAUCAUCUCAGUCAUCAGUAUCAUAAAAAUCAGAGAAAUUGAAGUGCUGAUACGUGUUUUAUGAAGUAUUUGCUUUUGGCAGUAAUUUUAACAGAAUAGCAAGGAUUAAAAACUGGAUUAAAAUGUUUCAACACCUUUGUGAAUCUAAAGCCAACUUUACCUCCAAAGAUUACAUUUAACCCCAUCUCUUCCUACCAGUGAUUAUAAUUGUGUAAAUAUGAUGGCCAACAGUAUUUGUACAAAUAAGUAUUUUAGACAAAACAUUUAACCAUAUUUGUGUACAUGCAGAGGCACAAAUUGGCUGACUCCCCUUUUCCACUGUA